ACGAUGGCAGAAUAAGGACAAGCCAGAAGCAGGACCUCUUAGGUGGGAAUAAGUCUUUAAGAGUAAGAACCGAGGAAGAUUUCUGGACUGUAAUAUAGCAGAAGAACCAGCAUAUCGCAUUCAGAGCCGCCUGACCUGUUUUAUUCCAGAAAGGAGCACCGUAUGAGGCACUCGUCAUGACAUCAUACGAACAAAGUCAGUCUCCUACCCGAUGCGGCCCUCAGUUCCCCAGCUUGGGACAGGAGCCUCCAGAGUUGAGCCUCUACAGUGACUGCUACUACCCUCCUCCGUCACUGCCGAGUCCGCAGAGGACCAACCCGUCCUCGUAUGACCUUGGGGAAUACGCCGCUUCGUCUCCCAACCCCUACCUGUGGUUUAACGGUACCGGGAUCAGCAGUUCCCCAUAUCUGGGUGGAGCACCAGGCCCUGCAGGUGCCCCCUUUGUGCCUCAGCACUAUGGCAUGCAGAGGCCCUACCUAGGUCCGGGGGGCCCUAGUGGAGCUGGUGGAGAGCUGGGGUGGUUCUCCAUGCCCUCGCAAGAAGAUCUGAUGAAGCUAGUCAGGCCUCCGUACUCAUACUCGGCUCUUAUUGCGAUGGCGAUCCAUGGAGCCCCAGACCGGCGCCUGACUCUCAGUCAGAUCUACCAGUACGUAGCAGAUAACUUCCCUUUCUACAACAAGAGUAAAGCUGGCUGGCAGAACUCCAUCCGUCACAACCUGUCAUUGAAUGACUGUUUCAAGAAGGUUCCUCGGGAUGAAGACGACCCUGGCAAGGGUAAUUACUGGACCCUCGACCCAAACUGCGAAAAGAUGUUCGACAAUGGCAACUUCAGGCGCAAGAGGAAGAGAAAGUCAGACGGUCUCACAGGAGAGGCCGGCUCUGCCGCCCCUCUCGCCUCGGAGUCGGGGGAUGGGAGCGGGAGGAGCCCUAAAAACUCAGCGACUGACAUUUCAGCCUCUCCUGAGAAGGGCCUUUCUUCUCCGUCUGCGGGGCCCUCCCCUUGCCUGAGCAACUUCCUGACGGAGAUGUCAGGUGUGGCGGCUGGGCCGGUGGAGAUCGGAGGAGGAGGAGGAGACCCCAUAAACCGCCCCCUUUCCCUCAGCCUGCCGGUGGAGGGGACGCAGAGGGCCCCCCAGGGCGCGGGCUUCAGCUCCUACUCCGCUGGUUCGGCCGUCUCUGAUUGGGCAUCUUCUCUUCCCCCCCCACCUCCCAUCUCCCCCUCUGGUUCCCACUCUUCUCUGGGCUACAGCAGCGCUGCUCUCAACCAGUUCAGCGGGCACUUCUAUAACGGGCUGAGCUCAGCUGGAGUUCUGUAUCCCCGAGAAGGCACAGAGGUGUGAAGAGGACUGGACAGGAGUCAGCAUUCUAUAAAGAAUAGACAACGAGUUGUACGGUGAACUCCAGCGAGAAACUGGUGAGGGGAAAAAAAACCAAAACAAAACAUCCAACCGAAAAAAAAGGCCAAAAAACAAAACAAAACACAGUUUCGCACAUACACAUGCUUACUAUCAGUGGACUGGUGUGGAUGAACUGUGAGACGGUCCCGUGAGUGCGAGAUUAGAGCAGAUUCCCACAGGAACUGAUAAGUCAGCACAUGAUAUGCGUGACACUCCUAGAGGCCCUUUCCACCAGCAGGUCUGCUGCUGACAUCAUGCCAUUCCACCCAUGUCUCUUCACUGAUCCUAUCACCACGACUGCAAGCACCUGCAAUAAAACUGAAUGUGGCUUUAAAAACAAGCUCUGUAAUUGGCAGAGUCGUUUUAGAGAAACUGUGUGUGGUGUAGGACUCAUUCUACAACUAAUUUGAUACUGGCCGUUUUUUUUUUUUUUUUAGCUUAUGUGUUGUUUGUUUGUUUAAUUGAAAGUGAUGAUGUCUCUUGUCAGGGUAAAAGUGAACGUUGAACAGAAUUUUAUGUAACACCUUAUGAUUUUGUAAAAUAAAGGAAUUAAUGUCCUGUUUCAUUAAAUGGUGACCAUGA